UUCGAACCUGGUCAUUAUAGAAUCUGUAAGCAAGAAUGACAGAUACACUUUUGACGAUGAUCGGCCUUCUCGCUCACUUUUAUGUCAAAGAAGCUUUACGCCACAUGUCACUUUAUAAAUAUUAAAUUUUCAUAGAAUUGUUCACAAAACUUAGAAAAUGAAACCUCUUAUGCUGCAAGGGCAUGAGCGUGCCAUCACGCAAAUCAAGUACAAUCGCGAAGGAGAUUUAUUAUUCUCUGCUGCCAAGGAUUCGAAACCCAAUGUGUGGUGGUCUUUGAAUGGAGAGAGGUUAGGCACUUUCAAUGGUCACGGAGGAGUAGUAUGGUGCCUUGACGUCGAUUGGCAGACUAUUAACCUCAUCACCGGGGGUGGUGAUAGUUCCUGCAGGCUUUGGGAUUUGGAAACUGGAAAGAAUAUAGCAACCGUAAAAACCAAUUCCUCUGUAAGAACAUGCAACUUUAGCUUUAGUGCAUACCAGGCUGCAUAUACUACAGAUAAGGCUAUGGGUCAUCCUUGUGAGGUGUUCAUGAUAGAUACUAGGACCAUUGAUGACUCGCUUUCAACUCAAUCCCCAAUCCUGAAAUGGGAAAUCACAGACUCAAAAGUUACAUCUAUGGUCUGGGGAACCUUAGAUGAAACCAUUAUCACAGGUCAUGAAGCCGGUGACCUUAUCCAGUGGGAUUUAAGGACUGGAAAGAAAGUGCACUCUGUCAAAGAGCACACACACCAAAUUAACGACAUGCAGUUGUCUAGAGAUGGAACCAUGUUCAUUACUGCUUCCAAGGAUCAAACUGCUAAACUAUUCGAUACCUCCUCACUUGAACUGCUUAAGGAAUACAAAACUGAGCGUCCUGUCAACUCGGCAGCUCUUAGCCCUAUCCUAGACCAUGUAGUUCUUGGUGGAGGUCAAGAUGCUAUGGAAGUAACCACAACUUCCACCAGACAGGGCAAGUUUGAUGCUCGUUUCUUCCACCUUGUCUUUGAAGAAGAAUUUGGCCGUGUAAAAGGUCAUUUCGGUCCCAUCAACAGUUUGGCAUUCCAUCCCGAUGGAAAAAGCUUUGCAUCUGGUGGUGAAGAUGGUUAUAUUCGUGUACAGAGUUUUGAUCAAUCUUACUUUGAUUAUACAUUUGAUUACAACCGGGAUUAAAUUAUUCAAAAUAAUAUAUAUCAGUAUUCAUUGGACACAUUCUCAUCAGAUAUUAUAUUCCAAACCAUAGUUGUUAAAAUAUUGGGACUUCUAUGAAUGGGACUUCAUUUUUUCAGGAAAGAAAUAAAUUACUUUAUAGUAAA